GGAUCUGGCGAAACGGGUCAAGUUUCCCUUCCCCGCCCGGAACCUAACUUCCGGCCCCCUAAACCCUACGGCUUGCCUGGCGUUUGAACGCCGGGAAACUGAGAGUGGAAAUCAAUGAGAAAAUGACGGAAAGCACGGAACGCUCGAUCGGAACUCCGUCUGAGAGUCCCCAGAGGCCUUCAAAGAUUGCAAAGAUCGAGUCUUGCAGCGACGAAGAAGUAGAACCGAGCGACUCUGCCCAACCCAUGAGCCACAAGCCUGGAAUCCAAAGGUAUCUGGUGGCGAUUGAAUACAUUGGGACUCGGUUCUCUGGGUCCCAGCAGCAGCCCAAUUGCAGAACAGCGGUCGGCGUUCUCGAGGAAGCUUUUCUGAAAUUUGUGGGGCAGCCUGUCUCGAUUUUCUGCUCCAGUCGUACUGAUGCAGGAGUUCAUGCCUUAUCAAAUGUUUGUCAUGUUGAUGUGGAACGCAUCAGUAAACGAAAGCCUGGUGAAGUGUUACCACCUCAUGAACCUGCAGUGGUGAGAAGAGCUGUUAACCAUUUCUUACAGGUUGAAGGAGAUAUAAUGGUAACUGACGUUCGAUGUGUUCCGGCUGAUUUUCAUGCCAGAUAUAAAGCUCGUGAAAGAACAUAUUUCUAUCGUUUGCUAUCGGGGUCAGAGCCUCUCUCAACUUUUGAGAAAGACCGAGCAUGGCAUGUACCAGAAGUGUUAGAUGUCUGCGCUAUGCAGGAAGCUUGCAAAGUUCUUGUUGGGCACCAUGAUUUCAGUUCCUUCAGAGCAGCAGGUUGCCAGGCAAACUCGCCUAUCAGGACAUUAGACGAAUUUAAUGUUACUGAGGUGGUUCCAUCUCCUUAUUUUCCUUCAAUUGCGGAUAGAAGAGAAGAAGAUCUAGGGAAUGAAGAUCCUCGCAUAGGUUCAGAUAAGUCAGAGGCUGGGUUGACUGGUGAAAGAGUUGAAAGCACCACUAAGCUGACUGAUCUUGGAUUUGGGAUAAGAAAAAAGCAUCGAUGCUUUGUGGUAACUGCACGUGCUCGCUCUUUUCUAUACCACCAGGUUAGACUGCUUGUUGGUGUUCUAAAAGCUGUAGGUACUGGAGAUUUGACAACUUCUGAUGUGAAAAGAAUUUUGGAUGCGAAGGAUGUGACUAAGGCAAGUCCGAUGGCUCCUGCUUGUGGUCUCUACCUCGGGCACGUCAGAUAUGAUCUCUCUGGGCUCUGAUCUACAAAAUACCCACUACUAUUGAAGAACGUCCUGCCAAAGUUAAUCCCUGUGUCAAACCCAUUCUUAGGUGGAUCCAGACGAUAUCGAUACUCAACAUUGGGUCCCAAAAUAUCCCAAGUUAUCGAUGUGGAGUAGGCGAGAACUUAUCGUAAUGCAUGCAGCCUGAUUUUAGCAUGAUACAGGCUGCCUGUUCCCUCAUUUAUAGUCUUCAUCCUUUGUAUUCAAAUGAUGGAACUUGCUUGCAUAUCAGCGUCAGCUGUUAAAGUUGUACUUUGCUACGAGCUUAAUCAUAACCUUGCUUCAUUAUGAAAUUCUUUC